AUGGCCACUGUUACUGAGGACAUUCAGCAUCAAUCCUCCGGUAGCUCUGUCGAACGCAACCGCGAGCCAGCAAUGGGCGGCUAUGGCUCCAAUCCAGACGAGUGCAUCAAGCUGCAGGCACCAGUGCAGUUGGCUCCUGGCGAGAUCAAAUCCUUCAUGAGCGAAGCUGGUUGCGCAUCCGUAUAUCUCAAGGGCACAGAGCAUGGAAUGCCCGUGAUGUUUUUGAAGGCCGAAGAUGUGGAAAUCACCGAGGAGGCCUUGCAGAGUUCUCUGCGCGCCAUGUCUGCCGUGCUUCAGGAAAAGGUGGACUUUGCCAUCUGCUACGACUUGCGGAACAUGAGGAGACCUUCAAUGAGUGACACUCGUGCUGCCAUCAGCUGGAUGAAUGAGGAGGAGAAUAGCGAUCUUUUGGCAAAGCACGCCAUGAUCACCUGUGUGAUGGUUGGUGAUACAUGGGCUGGUAUGGCGAUCAGCGGAGGAGUGAAGCUCAUUAAGAAGCUGUGCUCGCCAGCCAAACCCACCUUUGUCGUGUACACGGAGGAAGAACGCGAUGACUUUUUGAAAGAAGCGAUCUUGAAACACCUCUCCAAGUGUGACAGCAGGUCCACUGCUGAGGAUUAA